GUGGACGUUUCCAACAUAGAUAACAAGGCCCUGAAAUUUAUCGUAUUCUUCCACGUCGCGAGGACGCUUGCGCGUAGCCAUGUCGCUGGGCAACAGUGCACUGCCUCCCGGCGGGGCAAAAGAAAUCCAGGCGUUGAGUGACGGAUUUUAAUUGAUACAUUGUUUAAUUCGGACUGAGAUGCCCUGUGUUCAAUACAUAUAUGGUAACUUGGGUAAUCCAGACUGUAGACUGCAUGACAGAACAAACAGAAAGAUUAUACAAAGCCUCACACGACUCAAGUCACUUAUUAAUACUCAUCGCAUAUUGCAAUACCUAACACCUAAAUCUCAAUUUUCAUGGCUCCUGAUUGUGAUCUUGUAGCUGAUGUCUGUGGUUGCCGAUCAAGUGACGCACGUCUGCAUGACUAACAAAGCA